AUGGAUAGUAGUGAUAAUAGUAAUAAAUCAUGCUGUUCUUUAAUGAAUCAGGAUGAAAUCAAUAAACAAUAUUGUACAAAAUCAGUUGAGGAGUUAAAUGAAUUGGAGAAAUUAGAAUUACAAAAUCACAUUAAGUUUAUGAAAGAGGCUGUUAAGGAGGGCGAAAAAGCAUUAAAGGAAGGUGAGGUGCCUGUAGCUUGUGUCAUUGUUCAUAAUAAUCAAAUUAUAGCCAGAGGUUCAAAUAAAACAAAUAUAAAAAAAAAUGGCACAAGACAUGCAGAAUUAGAGGCUUUUGAUCAGAUUUUCCUAAAUAAGGAAUUAAAUGAAAGAUUUAAAGAUACCUUAUUAGUGGAGUGUGAUUUAUAUGUCACUGUCGAACCAUGUUUAAUGUGCGCUGGUGCGCUUAGUUUAGCUAAAAUUAAUAGAGUCUUUUUUGGUUGUCACAAUGAUAAAUUUGGCGGAAAUGGUUCAGUGUACAGUUUAAAUUUAGCACCAAUAUCAAAUGGUAAACCAUAUAAUGCAAUUUCAGGGUUAUUAAAAGAUGAUGCAAUUCAUUUAUUACAAUUAUUUUAUAAUCAAGAAAACACCAAAGCGCCAGUACCAAAUAAAAGAAAAAGAGUAGAUCCAGAGGUUUUAAAAAAAGAAAGAGAGGAAAGAUUAUCAAAAAUGGAUAACGAAGUCAAUAACUAUAAUAUUACAACAUCAGAUGUCGCAGAUAAUCAACUAAUUUUAAAUAUAACAAAUAAUAAUAUAAAAAAUUUAGAAAGUCAUGAUAGUUAA